AUGAAGUGGAAAGAAUUAUUAAACAUAUUGGAUUGUGGAAAAUAUAUGGUACAAAUCAAAGGAUCAAGCAAAAAUUAUGCUCCAAAAAUACAAUGCUUCACUUCAAAUACUCCGCUACGUGAAUUAUAUAAUUAUGCAGAAGAUCAAAAAUACUUAUUUGAUUCAAAAAGAAACAAAAAGAACAAUAGAAAAUAUUAUGCAUCAUUAAUUGAUAGAUUUGAUUUUGUAAUUGAAUAUUACAAAUUUAGAAAAAAUGAAGAAAAAGUUUGUGAAAACAAAUGCUAUUGUUGUGAAGUGAUGAGAAUUUUUCACCAUGGAUUUAAAGAAAAAUUUAAUAAUCAAGAAUUUGAAAUUGAAUUUAACGAAGAUGUUUCAAAAAAAAAAGCAAUUUUAAUUAUAGAAGAAAAAGAUGAAUUGUUUUUUAGAAAAGGAAAAAGAUUUUAUUGGCGGCCACAAAUUAAUUAUGAUAAAUUUAUUCUUUCAGAACAUGAAAAUUUUGAAAAAAAGAAGCCAAUUUAA